AUGAACCAGCUGAAGAAAAGACCAAGAAAAAGUUGCCAGAAAGGCCUGGGUGGAAAGGCCCUCGCAGGGACUAAGCCAAACCAAGUCAAGUCAAGCCAAGCACCACGGGCUGAAAAAGAACGUGCUGACACAACAUGGGCCUUACGUGAUGAAGAUGUAUACUAUGAGACUAGCCUGCAGGUCGUUGAAGAGGAGAGCUUCCCUGACUGUUACUUAGAAUGCAUAAUAAGAAGUGAGUUUUCUGAACCCAUCUUGGAAGAGGAUUUACUUAAGUCCUUGGAGUACCUGCAAGAAGAGUCAGAACCAGAGCUUGCUCAACAGGUUUUUGAAGACAACUCACUUCUUGGGUGUUCUUUGGAAUACAAGAAAAAAAGGGGAAAAAAGAAGGACUCUCAAGAGAUUGCGAGGGAGAGUUCACUUGAGUAUUCUGAGUACAUGACAGGCAAGAAACUUCCUCCUGGAGGAAUACCUGGUGUUGACUUAUCAGAUCCUAAACAGCUGGCAGAAUUUGCCAAAAAGAAGCCAAGAAAAAGUAAAGAAUAUCAUGGCCCAGACACAAUCACUUGUCCAGAAAGUGGAUGCACAAGAAAGUUGAGGGAUCAAGCCUCCUUGAGAAAGCAUCGCCUAGUUCAUGGUCCCCGAGACCAUGUGUGUGCAGAAUGUGGGAAAGCUUUCACUGAGAGCUCAAAGCUAAGACGACAUUUUCUGGUUCACACUGGAGAGAAGCCCUUCCAGUGCACUUUUGAAGGUUGUGGAAAGCGCUUUUCCCUGGGCUUCAAUUUGCGUACACAUGUACGUAUCCACACUGGGGAGAAACGUUUCUUAUGCCCCUUUCAAGGCUGCAAUAUGAAGUUUAUUCAGUCAAAUAACCUGAAAGCUCACAUCUUAACGCAUGCAAAGGCCAACAAGACUCAAUGA